CUGCUUCUCUGCGCCUGCUACAUCAUGGGUAACCACGCUGGCAAGGACGGCCAUGGCCCCACAGGUUCUCAUUUAGAUCUAUUCCACACCCCUCCCAGCUCACCCUCUGACUCUGAUCUGGUGGCCAUGGCCUUAUCCCAAGGACUGCGGGGGACCCAAUCACCAGGAGCGGCCAAUCAAACGGCCUCAUCCAGCAACACCACCAUCACUGACUGGAGCCACACGCUAUCAGUCCCCCCGGAGUGGGCUCUUAUUGGCCUGGAUAGCAGCAGUUCUCCAGAGGAUACGGGGAUCGAGGCGGGGAGCAGGGGGAGGGCUGUGGGCCGAACCAGCAGUCCCACUGGCCCGGCUCCCCCAGGGCAGAGGGCUACCUCCCGGAGCUCCCCAUUGGGGAGCUGCCCCUCGGAGCACAGCUGGCUGGAGCGGGAUAGUGGGUUGGGCUGCCAGGCGGGAUUGGACAGGCCUGGGGAGGAGAUGGUUCUGGCUCUCCUGAAUCUGUUGGAACACCACCGGGCCUCAUUAGGGCUCCAUCCUGGCAAGGAUGCCACCGCUGGAGCAAUCGAGCUGCUGAGACACUUGCUGGUAGAGAGAGAGGAGCUGGCUGAGGAGGUGCGCAGCAUGAAGGACACACUGAGGACAGAGAGGGAAGAAUGGCAGCAGUUCCAGAGCGACCUCCAGGUGGCGGUGUCUGUGGCAGACCGGCUGCGGAUGGAGGCGGAGGAGGCUCUGGGCACGCUCCGGGAGCGCCACAGGGACACGGAGGGCCAGCUGGACCAGGCGCUGAGCAGGGAGCAGGAGAGGGACCGGGACCUGGAGACCUUGCGGGCCGAGCACAGGGACGCCUGCCUCAGACUGACGGCCCUCACAGAGGAGCACCAGCAGAACCAGGCCCAGCUGGACGCACUGAGGAGCACACUCAGGGAGAGGAGGGAGGGGGACGGAGAGACGGGGGGAGGCCAGACGGAGGAGAGCGCGAGGAGGAAAGGGAAAGAUCUGCAACUGGUUGCGAUACCGGCUGGGACAGACAAAGUAAGGGAAGAUUUGGAUAAUCAGAGAGAUUCUGUUGGAGGGAACAGAGCAGAAGAUCAAGGAGGGGAUGGUAGGACACAGGGGUCUGUUUCUGAGGAGUCCCUUAAAGGAGAAGAGAGUCAGGUGACUAGGAAAGGGGUGGCGGAAGCCUACUUGCAGAAACUGGCAGCCGUGGAGAAGAAGAGGGAGGAUGGGUGUGGCCUGAGAGACCCGCGUAGGAUUGUGAUGAUGUCAGAACGUUCUUGGAGUCUUUCUCGUCUUCCUCUUCCAAUUGAUCCCCCCUCCAAACAAAAUGGUAUCCCCCAGAACCCCACCAGCACGACAUUACCUCUAUGCAAGAAAGAAGACACAACCAAGGAAAAGAAGAUGGACCGCAUUCUGAAAAGACAGGAUAGCUGGUCAAGUUUCUAUACAAAAAAACAGGAGGAGGAUCAAAACACAGACUUUGUCAGACCUCAGGAUGGUUUCAGCAUGUUGCUGCGCCGACACGGAGGAUCCAGGAGGAACUCUCUCCUGCGUUGGUGUCAGAGCCGAACGCAGGGUUACGAGAAUAUUGAGAUCACCAACUUCAGCAGUAGCUGGGAGGAUGGGCUAGCCUUCUGCGCUGUGUAUCACACCUACAUGCCCACACAUAUUCCCUACAGCAGUCUCAACCCUGAAGAAAAGAAGGAAAACUUGUGCCUGGCUUUCCAGACAGGAGAGAGUAUAGGAAUUACAGCAACACUGACUGUGGAGGAGAUGCUAAGAGCGGGUGGCCCUGACUGGCAGAGAGUACUAAGCUAUGUUGAAAGUAUGUAUCGCCACUUCGAGAUGUGAAGAUUAUUU